CUGAAACUGCAACCCGAUACUCCAGUGAGUUUCCCCCCUCCCUCAUCGUCUGUGCAGGGUAAGAAGUAGCUUGUGCCGUAUGUGAUUGUCUAGGCAGGACCAAAAGAGGAUCUCGCUUUAGAGACCGCGUUGUGGAGUUUGUAGGGAUAAGAGGACUAUGUUUGCACAUUGGAGGACGGACACAUCGUUUUCGGCGCUUCUUUUAUUUCUCGGGAUACUUUUUUGAAGCUGGUAAAUCACAAAAAUAAUGCAAGCCAUGGACCCGAUAACUAAGUGGUCACCGAAGCAAGUCGUUGACUGGAUGAAAGGCUUGGAUGACAGCCUCCAGCAGUACGUCUACAAGUUCGAACAGGAGAAGAUCAAUGGCGAACAGCUACUGAAGAUCUCGCACCAGGACCUGGAAGAGCUGGGUGUCACCCGGAUCGGACACCAGGAGCUGGUGCUGGAAGCCGUGGACCUCCUCUGUGCCCUGAAUUAUGGCAUAGAGACGGAUAUUCUGAAGAACCUGGUUGCCCAGAUGAGGACAGCUACCAGCAGUCUGCGUGUGUGUACGUCUGAGCGACGGAGGAGCCCCUCCUACAACGGGAGCAUGUGCCGCAAGCCCCCAAACGAUUUCCUCACCCUCGUGGUGGAGCUCAUUGGGGCAGCCAAGAACCUUCUGGCCUGGCUGGACAGGACACCCUUGACGGGAAUCAGUGACUUUACUGCCACAAAGAACAAGAUCAUCCAGCAGUGCCUUCAGCUCACCACCACCGUUCAGCAGGAUUGCACAGUCUAUGAGAUGGAAGAGAAGAUUCUGGAAGUCUCAAAGGUUUUGAAUGGAAUCUGUGACCAGACUAUGGAAACUACCUCAGACCCUCUGACCAGGCAGAUUACCCGCCUGGAGGAGGUCCGGAUUGUCAACAACGGGGAAGGACUGGGCAUGUACAUCAAGUCCACCUACGAUGGGCUACACAUCAUCACCGGCACCACAGAAAAUUCUCCUGCUGACCGAACGCACAGAAUCCAUGCAGGAGACGAAGUGAUCCAGGUCAACCAGCAAACAGUGGUGGGCUGGCAGCUGAAGAACCUGGUGGCCAAGCUGAGGGAGGACCCAGCUGGCGUGGUACUGGUGCUGAAGAAGAGGCCCACUGGCACCACUGGCUUCACGCCGGCCCCCCUGAAAAACAUGCGCUGGAAGCCCCCCUUGGUACAGAGCACCCCAUCCCUGGCCAAAGCCCAGUCUCCAACCGGGACAGGAAACACCUCCCUCAAGAUGGAGAAGCCAGCCAUUUUAGACCUGUACAUUCCGCCUCCUCCAUCUGUACCUUAUACCCCGAGAGAUGCGAUGAGGAGCUCGUACACGAACAUCAACGUGAGACCAAAGGGCUCAGAGUCACCCAACUCCUUCCUGGACCAGGAGAACCGGCGGCGCUUCACCAUCGCUGACUACGAUAAGCUGGGCGUCCAGCCCAUCGAGGUCAAUGUCGUGCAGCCGCGGAUGAGAGGGCAGAUGCUGUCACGAGGUAAACCCCGCCCUCUGUCCAUGCCAGUGGACACCUGCCUGAUACAGAAUGAUCCAUUCUCCAAGCCCUGGACAGCGGGACGAAAAGGCGAGGACCUGCUGUACAGGUACCUGAGCAACGAGCGCAUCCCCACCAUCGCGGAGGAGGCCCCCCCGACCCCGCCCUGCCACAGGCCCGGCGCCGGAGAGAGGCUGGUGCGCGGCGUGGACCGCAUCCGGGGCAGCCGCCUGCUGGUCAGCGCCGACCUGCACAGCAGCGCCACCAUCCCCUUCCAAGACGACGUGCCCAAAAAGUCACCAGCGGCCCCCACAUCCAAGAAGCGCUCGUCCGAGCCCUCGCUACUGGUCAGUUGGAUAUCACGGCUUAAACUAUUGACUCACUAACUCGUGCUUCCUGUCUGGGGUUUCCUGUCCGUCUCACCCUGGUGCCUCUCGCUGCUGUCUGCGGCACGGCCGAUUGGGGGAGGGGCUAUCUUGCUGGUGGAGCUUUCUGUAUCUCUCCCCCCACCUUUCCGGAACAUUUCAGUGUGUGAGUGGGGAGGGCAAAAUGGUCCUGGUCUGGGUUCUACCACUGUGCCUGUUUUCUACUUCAAGAAAAAGAAAACUAAUUCAGGUUUAGGACACACUGACCUUGUUUCCAUUGUUGUGUGAUAAUUUAAAUUAUUUCAUUGUUUAUUGUGGAACAUUUCCUGUACAGUUUAUGUUGUGUUUUUGGUUUUUUAUAAUUAUUUUUCACUUGCCAAAGUAUUUGACCCAUUUUUUUUUUCCUAUACCAUUUCGUAAUACCUACAAAUGUAAUAAUAAUUUAACAGGAAUAAGGCAUCUUUGUCAGCUUGUAUACACAAAGCUUUUGUGUAUUUUUUUUCCCCCCUUCCUGUUGUUCACUGUUGCAUUUUGGUUGAAAAAAUGUACUCACUGCUGCAAGGGGGGCUUUUUAAUCUAUGCAUUAAACUUUUUUGCACAGUACUGUUCAAUGCAGGAUUUACCCAGACUUACUUGUAACAAGAUACUUGUGUGGAUGUGGUUACCAUGGCACCAGAAGCCUGGGGUCAGACAGAGAAGGUGGGCAAACAGAUGACCAUCUUGGAGAUGUUGUCAUUGGCUGAGCUCAACAAACUUGAAAAUUUUUGAAGCUGGUUGAUUAUUGGGUGCAACCCACAAAUUUCUCAGUGAUUUUUGGUUCUGUUGCCUCCAGAGCUUUGACCUCAGCCCCAUUGAGCCCUGGGAACCAGGGGCCCAUCUGCUGUCCACACGGGUCAAUGUCUCAGAGCAAUAGUACUAAUUGCUAAUACGAGUUUCAGCAACAGUAUUAACUGCUUCAUGUCAAACGUGUAUCCCACGAUGCAUUGUAACUGACUUGAGUUUUGUAACCUUUUUUGAGUAUAGAAUAUUAAAGGUGCAGUUGAUUUUAA